UACACAGCACUCCUGCAGGGGUUAGGCAGAGUGGAGACUCGGCUCAAAAACAACUUCAUGCCCGAGGAGCCGGCAGUCAAAGUGCCCUUAGCAGCUAUCAGGGUCACUCCUGCUGUCACUGUUCCUGCUGUCAACUCUGCUCCAGUGCGAGGGCGUGGCCUCCAUGUCUGGCUGUCCCAGGGGGUCGACCAACUGCCAGCUGUCCCUCACAGAACUGUUUAACCGUGCAGGCCUCAUUGCUCAGAAGUUCCAAACGGCCGCCAUGGAUCUAUACAAUGAAUUCCACCAACAGUACUCUGGAGAACAAGGAUUCCUCUCCCAGGGCAUCGUCCCCUGUCACACCGCUCUGAUCCCCUCACCGGUCACCAAGGAACAGGCCCAAAGUUACACUAACGAACAGCUCCUGGGCACGUGCCUCAGCAUCCUGCGCUCCUGGGAGGAGCCUCUGUCCCAUGUGCUCACGGAGGCGCGUAAGCUGCCCCGGGUCUCGAGAGUCAUCCUGUCAAAAAUCGAAGAUGUGGAGGCGCAGAACAUGCAUCUCCUCCAAGGCGUCCAGAAGAUCAUGGAGCAGGUUCGCCCCGGCAGCGUCGCAGAAAACCAAGCCUACUCCACGUGGUCAGGACUCCAGCGUCUGAAGUCGACCAGUCAGGAUACUCGUCUUCAUGGCUUCCACGUGGAGUGCCGCUGUGUACGCAGGGAUGCGAACAAGGUCAACAAUCUCCUCAACAUUGUGAAGUGCCGAAUGGAUCCCAGUGGCGGCUGCUAAGCCCGGCUCCAUCUUCCCUGCUUCUCAGAUGCCUCUUACUGACCCAGGCCCUGGCC